CCAAUCAUCAAGCCAUUUACCAGGCUUCGGAGGAAGCUGUUUAUGUGAUCCCCGCACUAAUUAGGCUCAUGAACUAACAAAUCGUUUGCACAACUUGUGAAGAAGCGAACACUUCCAUGGAUUGUCCUUGGACUUAGGGCGCCCUGCCCGCCUUUUGCAGAGGAGAGAAAACUUUUUUUGCCUCCCCCGAGAAACUUUGCCCCCCCUUCUGCCUCUAACUCUGAGCCCCCCCCCACGCCAUCUCGAAAAAAAAAUUACCCCAAUCCACGCCUGCAAAUUCUUCUGGAAGGAUUUUUUCCCCCCUCUCUCCAGGUUGGGCGCGUUUGGUGCAAGAUUCUCGGGAUCCUCGGCUUUGCUUCUUUCCCCCUCCCCCCUCCUUUCCUUUUUCCUUUCCUUUCUUUCUUCCUUUCCUCCCCCCACCCCCACCCCCAACAAACGAGUCCCCAAUUCUCAUCGGUCCUCGCCGCGGGCAGCGGGCGGCGGAGGCAGCGCGCCGCGGUCGCCGGGAGCAGGGAGCCCAGGCGCCCGCUCCUCGGCGCAGCAUGUUCCAGCCGGCGCCCAAGCGCUGCUUCACCAUCGAGUCGCUGGUGGCCAAGGACAGUCCCCUGCCCGCCUCGCGCUCCGAGGACCCCAUCCGUCCCGCGGCACUUAGCUACGCCAACUCCAGCCCCAUAAAUCCGUUCCUCAACGGCUUCCACUCGGCCGCCGCUGCCGCCGCCGCGGGCAGGGGCGUCUACUCCAACCCGGACUUGGUGUUCGCCGAGGCGGUCUCGCACCCACCCAACCCGGCCGUGCCCGUGCACCCGGUGCCGCCGCCGCACGCCCUGGCCGCCCACCCCCUGCCCUCCUCGCAUUCGCCACACCCCCUCUUCGCCUCGCAGCAGCGGGACCCGUCCACCUUUUACCCCUGGCUCAUCCACCGAUACCGAUAUCUGGGUCACCGCUUCCAAGGGAACGACACAAGUCCCGAGAGUUUCCUUUUGCACAACGCGCUAGCCCGAAAACCUAAGCGGAUCCGAACCGCCUUCUCCCCAUCCCAGCUUCUAAGGCUGGAACACGCCUUCGAGAAGAAUCACUACGUCGUGGGGGCAGAAAGGAAGCAGCUGGCACACAGCCUCAGCCUUACGGAAACUCAGGUAAAAGUGUGGUUUCAGAACCGGAGGACUAAGUUCAAAAGGCAGAAGCUGGAAGAAGAAGGCUCGGACACACAACAAAAGAAAAAAGGGACACACCACAUCAACCGGUGGAGAAUCGCCACGAAGCAGGCGAGUCCGGAGGAAAUAGAUGUGACCUCAGACGAUUAAAAAGACAGACUUAACCCCACAGAAGCGGACAACAUGGAACAAAACAGAGACAGGGAGAGGAGGGGAAGAAGGAGAAACCCUACAAAUAAAAAAUAAACUGCACACACAUUCACCGGGAAAGAGAGGGCAUCAGAGAGAGAGAUUGAGAGAGAGCGAGAGAGCAACAGUGCGUCGCAGACUGAACAGCAAGGGCGCUGGGUCCGUUUCGGAGAAGGCACCGAUGGCAGAGAAUGGAGGCUCCUUCAUCAGCUUGCAGCCCUCCUCUAAAGAGGCAGCUGAGUGAGUGAGCGAGUGAGUGAGGAAGAGAGGGAGGGAGCAUGAGAAAGGGAGAAAGAGAAUGAGUGAGGAGAGAGAGCGGGAGAGCACCAAGAGCGCUGGAUGUGGCCAAGCUGAGCACACUCUGACCAGGGGAGCUAUGAGUCCAUGCCAAACCAGGGAGACGAGAUGGUUGGCAGAAAUUCUGUUUGUCGUAGUCCACUUUUACAAAUGGUGAAAAUACUGAUUUAAGAACAAAAAUCUCAACUGGGCACAGGACUUUUAAUUUUGCACUGCAUAGUGUUUCCCCCAAUCUUUAAAAAUAAUUAGUAAUAACAAGCAAAAUUCCAAAACUAGCCCCAUCCCACACCUAUUUCAAAAACUUGAAUUGCAUGUAGCAGUUGUUGGGCGAAUGGUGUCUAAAGACAAAAUGAAUUGUACUUCUAUCUUCCUUUUAAAGACAGGAUCUGUGUGCUUUUUAUUUUAAUUUCUCUGAGAAACGUGCAGUCUGUAAACACUUUUUGAUACCUUCUGAUGUCAAAGUGAUUGUGAACGCUAAAUGAAGUAGGCGAUAGUGGUCCUCUUGCAGAGAAACGGGGAGCAGGAUGGGAAUGAGGGUGGCUAGGGAGGGUGCCCUUUAAAAGAAUCAGGACAUACACUAAAAAAAAAAAAAGUCCUUAUUGAUUGAUUAUAUUCCUGGACAUUCCCUUCCCUAACAUUCUGAGGCUUAACAGUAAGAAGUUAACUCCUUUCAGUGGUUGGAGAAAUUGGCUGAGUUCAACCAUUCCCAGUAAUGACCACUCAAAACCUUAAAUCUAUCUGUUGCAGAAACUGAAGGACUGUAGUUAGUGGGGAUGAUGUUAGUGUGACCAAGGACGUGCGGCAAGUUUUCAAGCACUGAGUUUCUCUUCCAAGACCAUAGAUGUACUAAAGAGAAUGACAAAUGCUUCCUUAAUGUCUUCUAUACCAGAAUGUAAAUAUUUUUGUGUUUUGUGUUAAUUUGUUAGAAUUCUAACACCCUAUAUACUUCCAAGAAGUAUGUCAAUGUCAAUAUUUUGUCAAUAAAGAUUUAUCAGUAUGCCCUCA